GGCCUAUAGUUGAGGAGGCGUCCAUACAUUUCUACCUAUAUAGAGUAAUUUAACUCUCAUCUCGGCCUGCGAAAUUCUAGGGUUAGGGUUUUACCUCCUCUUCAUUGUCUCCGUCGCUUCUCCCCAGGACUACCAAUCUAGGGUUAGGGUUUCCCCUCCAGCGGUGUCAAUGGCGACGGCGGAGGGUCCUGGAGGAGUACCGGCGAAGCCGGCGAUGAGGAAGCCGGUGUUCACGAAGGUGGAUCAGCUGAAGCCCGGCACGAGCGGCCACACGCUCACGGUGAAGGUGGUGAGCUCAGAGACGGUCCUCCACAAGGGCCGCGCCGCCCCCUCCUCCGCCAACCUCCGACGCACCCGGAUCGCCGAGUGCCUCGUCGGCGACGAGACCGGGACCAUCGUCUUCACCGCGCGGAACGAGCAGGUUGACCUGUUGAAGCCGGGCAGUACGGUAAUUCUUCGCAAUGCCAAAAUCGAUAUGUUCAAGGGGUCAAUGAGACUGGCAGUCGACAAGUGGGGUCGGGUGGAGGUCGCUGAACCCGCUAACUUUGAUGUGAGGGAGGACAACAAUUUGUCCCUAGUGGAGUAUGAGUUGGUGAACUUAGUUGAAGAAUGAGCAGGAGCAGGAUCUGCUUCUCUUUUAAGCAAGGUUGUGGCAACGCAAAAGACGAAGGUGGCGAGCUAUUUAAGUAUUUCUAGCUAAUUUUCUUGAGUUUUUGUGGUGGUAGAUAUGUGGGUUUUGGCUUUUGUGAAAACAAUAGUGGAAGCCAUAAAAAUCUAACUGAAUCUAGUGAUGUUUUUGUGUAGACAUACUAGUUUGAGUUUGGAAUAUAGGUAUGGACCUGAAUUAACCCACCUAUGUUCUCUUGUUUCACGUGCAUGAAGGAAAUUAGCUAUAUACUUUGGAAGGGAAGUACCUAACUUUAUUAGUAAUAUAAUAUAGGCGCGGUUUCGUCUGGUUGAUUCUC